AUGUCCAAAAAUGAGGAAGUUUUAAAGCUUCUAGAAACUCUUCAAGAGUACGAACGUUCUAUGGCAGAUAUUCAAUCCUAUAUGGUUGAUGGAUAUUUAGAUAUUGCUCAAACUAAAAAAUCAUCAUUUGGCUUGAUUUGGUCUUCAGUUCCAGUUUCAGAAGAAGCUCGCAUGGUUUUUAGAACUAAUAAAGAGAUUGAUGAUCAAAAAGAACUUCCUCUUGUUCCAGGCGUUUCUGAGAAAGAUAUUGAACAAAUACGAUCAAGCUUUGAAAAAGCUAUCAAACAAGCAAUAAUUUCCGCCAAGAUAUUAGGACAAAUAAACGAACAAAUUGCAAAAAUAGAAGAAUUACAGAAAACAAAAUCGAAUUAA